AUGCCUGAGUCUCCUCUCAGUCCCCCGACAGCCCGUCAAACCCCAGCCAGCAGCCUCCUCAGUCACACCGACGUCGGUGCAGGAGAGAGAGUAGCUAAUGGGGACUCCUGCAGUGGAGUGAGUGCAGAAAACUGGCAGUGUCUACACCAUAAACAGGUUUUUCUGGCUAUGAUGGCUCCUCAGCAGAUGCAGCAGCUGCUGUCCCCCAACCAGCUGCAGGCUCUGAUCCACCAGAAGCAACAAGCCCUUCUGCUACAGCAGCAACAUCUGAAAGAGUUUUACAAGAAGCAACAACAACAGAUUCACCUGCAGCUGCUUCAACAAAAUCCUGGCAAGACAGUCAAAGAGCUCCCUGCACAGCAGCUUGUGUUCCAGCAGCUCCUCCAGCUCCAGCAGCAACAGCAGCAGCUGCUCCGGUUACAGAGACCAGUCCUGUCCUCUCCUGCCCUCUCUCCAGCCGGUUUCAGCCCUGCGGAGAUGCAGCAGAUGUGGAAAGAGCUCACAAAUGGUUCAACUGAAGAUAAAAGCACAUCGAAGAGCAACCAGGACUCGUCUUCUAACAACAUAGUGUCAACAAAGGUCCCGGGGAGGCAGACCGGUGACCAGCAGUCGUCUUCUCCUCACGGGGCAGAACGCGCUGUCAAAGCCGAUCGCGCUGCCACACACACUCUCUACGCUCACGGUGUGUGUAAUUGGCCCGGAUGUGAGUCGGUGUGUGAAAACUUCAGCCAGUUCAUCAAGCACAUAGGCAGCGAGCACACUCUGGAUGACAGAAGCACAGCGCAGUGCAGAGUGCAGAUGCAGGUGGUUCAGCAAAUUGAGCUUCAGCUCUGCAAAGAACGGGAGCGUCUGCGGGCGAUGAUGGCUCACCUGCAUCUGCCAUCUUUAGAAUCUCAGUCGAUCUCUGCACCCGCGAGUCUACAGCGGCCCCAAUGUGAUACGGCUGCUGACCCACGCGGCCUUCAGCUCGGCUCGGUCGCUGCCCCCAACAACCUGCCCUCGCUGAGUCCGUCAGACUCGCCCCAGGUGUCCCCACAACCCCUGGCCCCCGUCAGCACUCCAUCCCAGGUGUGUGAAGAAGAGUCGCCCGCUCACACGUCGUAUGACGGGGCCUUAAGACAUCGCCAUCACCCUUUGGUCUACUCACUGUCUUCGGAAAAUGAAUAUGAGCUUUACAAGAACACCGAUAUCAGACCACCUUUCACCUACGCAACACUCAUAAGACAGGCUAUUAUGGAAACAACAGACAUGCAACUAACACUCAACGAGAUAUACAACUGGUUCACACGGACGUUUGCUUAUUUCAGACGCAACGCUGCCACUUGGAAGAACGCGGUGCGCCACAACCUGAGCCUGCACAAGUGUUUUGUGCGUGUGGAGAAUGUGAAAGGCGCGGUGUGGACGGUGGACGAGUUGGAAUACCAGAGGAGGAGAUCUCAGAGGAUCACAGGGAGUCCAUCGCUGAUGAAAAACGUGUCCUCCAACCUCGAUUUUGGGACCGUUCUGCAUGCCAGCUUACAGACGGCGGUGGCUGAACUGACAGGAUUCAAGAAGGAGUGUGUCAGCAGAGACUCCAGGAGUCAAACACAGGAGAGCAACGCAACAAACAGCAACAGCCGUAGUAAACAAAACUUCCCUCCCGUGUCUCUUUUCCUGAAAGACGAAGCGCUGAAUCUUGAUGACCAGGAAUCUCUGAUGCCAACAGUGAAAGCAGCCAGUCUGCAGCACGACACGGCUGAAGACGACGAGGAGCUUUUGUUUGGCCUUGAAUGACAAGAGAAGGGCUUCAGACUUCCAGUAAUCAGUUGCAAAGCAG